UUUUUACCCUUUGUUCAUCUUCACAUGUCAUUUAUACUUUCUUUAGUUUAUUAAAAAAAAUUAUUUUCCCAUUUUGUACAUUAGGGAUCAAAUUGAGUGAAGAAGACCAUGAAGUUUGCGAAAGGAUAUAUUGAUCAUAUUGAAAAGAAGCAGCCAGGAUGGAGGGACAAGUUCUUGUCAUACGACGAAUUGAAGAGGCUUGUCCGCGGGGUUUUACUUGACGAUGAGAAUGCAGAGUGGGAGUUUAUGUGCUUGUUGGAGAAUGAUAUCGACAAGUUCAAUGACUUUUUCAUUGAAAAAGAGGAGGAAUUCAUUGUAAGGCAUAAGGAGUUAGAGCAGAAUAUCAAGAGACCAAUCGAUUUAUUAUGGGGAACAGGUAAAAGUCAGGCAUCAGAAACAUAUUUUAAGGAGAAGAAUCAUAUUUUAUUAAAAGAUAUCGUAGAUUUACAUGGUGAAAUGGUACUUUUAAUAAACUACUGCAACAUCAAUUACACAGGGUUAGCUAGAAUUAUGAAGAAAUAUGACCAAAAGACAGGUGGACUACGGCGCCCAACGUUCCUUCAGAAAAUUAUUGAGCAUCCCUUUUUAACCUCAGAUGUAAUUUCAAAACUUGUGAGAGAAUGUGAAAAUAUAAUAGAUGAGGUAUCACAAGCUGAUGAAUUGGCAGUUGAAAGAGAAAAUGAAGAAGUUGUAUUUGAUGGUAAAGGAUUGUUCAAAAGUACAUUUGAAGCUUUACUUAAAACGCCAGAGAAUGCGACGUUCUAGGACGAGGGUAAUGCUUUCUGAGCCAAAUUAGUGUGUUUUAAUCUUAAAAACACUCGGCUAGAAAAUGAAGUUCACUUUGGUGUAGAAGACCGUAAAUUUUGGCUAGUUGGGCAUUUAUCUUUGGUUGGAGAUACUUUGUUUUGAGUGUUUUGUGUUUGUUUACUGUCAUAAGGAGUGCUUUUUGUUUGAACAAAUAGCGACUGUUUUUCAACUAAAUAUAUUUUGUUUUUGUAUUGUUGAUAGAAGAUAUGUAUAUGUAUAACUGCAAUAAAAUGAAUAAAAUAAAGUAU